AUGGAAGUGGCAGAGCAGGUGGCCCAGGGCUGGGAAGGCAGAAGUGGUUCCCCGGCCGACUCUGAGGGCGCCACUUGGGCCCUAUUUGGCAAUACGUUUGCAAUGCCCCUCCCGCAGCGGCUGCGCACCCGAGAUGGCUGGGGUUCCCGCAGAAGCCUGUUCCCAGAGAGCAGGGACAGAGAGGUGUCCACUGUGUGGUUGGAGCCAGAGCCAGGUCCCAGGGGUAGAGGCACGAGGGCCCAUGGCUGGCUGGGAUCGCAGAUAUCCCCGGGCGUCUCGUUCCACUUCAGGGGGCCUGAAGGAGACUGCGUCUGGGGAAGCCCUAAGCAAGGGGUGAGGUAUAGGUCCAAAGCCAGUGUGGAUCGCCAGCGUGCCUUCGAGGAAGGCCUGGAGAGCUUGCCGUGGUCUGAGUCUGAGUUGUCUGACCAGUUCAGUGAGAUGCAGCUCACAGGGGGGAGUAUUCGUCAGAAAGGAGGGGGCUGGGCCAAACUCGAAAGCCUCAGUGACACACGCAGUCCCUGGAGCAGCCCUGCCAGGGAGAAGUUCCUUCCCAUGCCAGGUCCUUGCUUGUCCUUUGCGCCUCAAACACUGUCUUCGGGCGAGGCAGGGCAGGCUGUUAGGGACCCGGAAGUGUCCUCUGAGGAACCACUCAGUGUCCCCUGGGUAGAGGCUGGGAGUGGGCCCAGCUACCUGCCCUUAGUGGCUGCUGCAGGUGAGCUGCCCAAGGCCACUCCUAGAGGGAACGUGGCCCAGGAGGUGACAGCCCUGGAGAGGGCCACCAAAGUUGUCCUCGAAGGUUUCUGUCAUAUGCCGGGCCAGAGAGGUUCAGGAGCUCCCCAGGAUCCAGCCACCUCCUCUUGGAUUGGUGGUGUUCCGCUGUUUGGGACGGGCAAUAGUCAUGCCUUGGCCCCUAUUGGAACCAAAGAGUCCAAGCCCACUGGCGCUGGGCAGGAGUCUGUGGCCCAGAGGAACAGUGGGUCCGAGCCAGUGGUGGGAGAAGGAGACGCUGAGGAGCCGGGCAGAGAACCGUUCCCAGAGAGCGAAUCUCCGACACAAGGGCAGACACAUUCGUUUCCUUGUGGGUAUGGUGGAGAAUCCGACACUGGCGCUGUGAGCAACAGACAUGCCCAGGAUCCGGCACAGUUGGAGCCCUUGGCGCUGAGCGAAGAAGAAGUCUUGGCCAGUGGGCCCGCACCUUCCAGUGACCUGGAACCUCCUGAGGAACUCUCAAGACCUGAAAGGCUGCAGCAGCCACAGCAACCACUUGGAGCAGAGGCUUGUCCUCGGUUGGAAGAGCUCCAGAGAGGACUACAUGCCAUUAGACAGCAACCUGCAGCCAUGCAGUCCCUGGCUGAGAAGCUCCCGAAAUCUUGAAGUGGAACCUAGCUCCUUCCUGCAAGAAGAGCAGUUGGUACCAUUGUACCCCUUGAGCUGUGGCCAAGCUGGUUCCCUCCUGUUCCCCUUCAGCCAGUGCUUCUGCACUCCCUUGUUUUGCAUCCUCCCCAUCCUGUUUGUU